UGUUGCUGAGGCAGGAAAGGAGCUAAACGGCGACACAUUGACGCAUUACCACCAGCAGCAACGGAGCUAUAGUUACCUAGUAUCAACGUCGCAAACAACAAUCCAUCACCACCACACUCAUAACGAUACAUCGAUUGGCCAGCCAUACUUGAGCUCUUUCCAGAUACGCCCAUCAUGAAGCCCGUCGUCAGCGCCUUCAACGCGUGGUCAUGCACCGUUCUCUCCGUUUUCGCCAUUGUUAUUCUCAGCGCUCUCGCAGGUCUCUAUCGAAGCAACCAUGAAGAAUUCACGGGUGGCGUAGAUGAUCCCGAAGAUGGCAAGGCAGUUUCAGACACCAUCUUCAUCGCCGUCCUCGUCUACGUUGCUUUCUUCGUCUUUUGUGGCUUCCAAGGAUUCCUCCAUACCCGAGAAAGCCGUCGAGGCGCGAUCGCUCUGUAACAAUACUAUCGAUCAGCGAGCAGAGCACGACACGGAACCUGGCGUUCUGGGGAUUUUUAUUGAUUUGAGUUUGGAAUGGCAUUGUAUUUGAAAGACAAGCAUUAUAGUUGCGUGGGCAAAAGAGAAGAUCAGCAUGGGACGAUGAUCAAGACGACGCGUAUACUGUCCAAAGGCACGCGAUGUACAGAAUAUUCUUUGGCUUAGACGGUUUAUUAAGUUUUGCUUCCUACUAUUCAUCCUGCAAUGUAACAUACUGUCUUGUGUGGCUCAAA